AUAGAAAAACCCAAAACCCAACUCAAGCCCCUUCACUGCACCGCUUGCUGUGACUAUUUUGCUCUUUUGUUUCGUACUUGCCGGGCAUCGGCGACUUGAUCGCCCCUAAUACCGACAUCUUGCGCCAUUAUUGCCUCCAAGUGUCACUUCAGCCCGGAUUUUCAUUAUUGUUCCGGGAUUUUCGGUGCACGAGCGGGAUUCUGGGGCGGACGAGCAAAUUGAGGCCGCUGGUCAUACGUUUCUCAUAUGAUUUGCGCGAAUUCGGCCCGAGUUGCUGUUACGUAACCCGUGCUGGUUGUUAAGUGUAUUCCAACCGACUAAAUUUAAUUAAAUAAAAUGUUCGCCUGCGCUAGAUUGAUCGCCCCCGCCGCCAGGAGCGCCCUUAUUUCAAACUCUAAAGUAUACUUAUGGCCAUUGAGCACCGCCCUCAGCCAAAACCCAUCAUUAGUCCAGAGUCCUGUCGUUCAGCAACACAAACAAGCCACACUUCUCCCAGCAGUGAGGAGUUUCCAGACCACCCCAGUGUCCAGGGACAUCGAUUCAGCUGAUAAAUUUAUUGGUGCAGGCGCUGCCACAGUAGGAGUAGCUGGAUCAGAUUGUAGCCGAACCAAAGCAAAAAUGAACAAGAGUUCUUCUCUAAAGGAUUCUAAGGAUUCAAAAAAGGCGCUGUGCGAACUGGAAAGUCAUAAAUUCCCCACAAUCAAAAAGACAGUUACGUUUGUGGACAAGACCCUGUUUAUCAAAUGUGUUUUAAGUGAUGCUAGGAAAAUAGUACUACUAACGGCGCCUAGAUCUUUUGGAAAAACUACCCUCAUGGAUAUGUUGAAGCAGUUCCUACUAGGAAAAACCGAUUUAUUUAAGAACUUAAAGAUUUGUACUGAAGAAACACAAUUUUUUUCAAAGCACUGCAGAUCUCAUCCUGUGAUACAUAUUGAUCUCGGGAGUGUUCGUGGUAGCAGUUUUGCUGAAGUUAAGCACAAAUUGGCGUUGGCUAUAAAUCGUGCAUUCGAAGAACAUUCACACCUGAUGAAGACGACUGAUGAUGGUACCUUAGCUUGGGCAAGUGACAAGUUACACAUUUCUAACUUAAGUAUAGCAAGAUUUGAAAAAUUUUGCAAUAGUGAAAAAUGCAUCAUGUUAAGUGAAGCUGAUUUGGAAGAUAGCUUAAAAUUUUUAUCGAAAGUUUUAUAUACACAUUAUGAGGAAAAUGUUUUCAUACUCAUCGAUGAGUACGAUGCUCCUGCGGUAGGCCUGGUAUUUAGGUCUUUUCCGAAUAAAGAUGACAUUCGAUUAAUUCAUGAUUUUUUAAAAGAUUUCAUGGCUACUACGCUGAAAUUCAAUGAUUUCAUAGAACGCUCAUUAAUUUUUGCUUGUGUUCGGUUGGCCGGAGCCUUCUCAGGGGAUGCAGCAAGAGUUAUAACACAUUAUCCGUUCCUAAGUGAUUUUCGAUACGCACCGUACUUAGGAUUUACGGAUGAGGAGGUAAAGCAGCUACUUGAGCUUCCAGAAGUUAAAGCUGCUUGUGGGAAAGUAACAUUCGAAACAAUUACGAAAUGGUAUGACGGAUAUAUGGUAUCUAAUAGCCCAUUGAAAAUAUUCAGUAGCUGGUCAGUCUUGAAACUUUUGGAAGGCGUUUAUACAACCGGGUCGCUCAAAUAUUCCUCUUUCUGGGUUGAAACAGGUCAUGUAGAAAAUCUGAGGGAGCUGUUUGCGGAACCUUCAGUUCGAAAAAAAAUUGAGGAACUUAUUUCUGAUAGUGAAGUUAAGAUAAGAAGAGUUCCAUCAGUCAGUGUCCAACAUCUAAAGAGAUUACAGCAACUGAUUUCUUUAGAGUUUGAUGAAAUAUCGAAGGAUAAUGUGGAGUUAUUUUUGCAAUUCUUGGCUGAUUCUGGUUACUUUAAUAUAUUAUUGUCAGUUGAUAAGAAAACAGAUAAAAUUGAAACAAACACCGAAUAUGAAAGAGGGGCUGACUCGACAUUUUCUGUUUUAAAAAUACCUAAUUUUGAAAUUAAGCAACAUCUCAGCAACCUUUGCUAUAGUGAAACACUGGCAGUUAUAUCUGAAUUCCACUUGAGAACUACAUCUAUUAAAAAUUAUAUAAGUGCUCUGAAAUUAGUAUUAGAAAGUACAAGUGAGAAGGCAUUUGUUGAUCUUGCAAACGCCGUAUUAGUAUUACUCUCUGAAUCACAGGGGAUCAUGAACGAAAAAGAACUUCAUCACAUCUUGUAUACUCUGGUAUAUGACUCCAGAUACUUCGAAAUACGCAGUGAGGUCCAGAUCAAGAAAAAAAGAAAAGGACCAGGGAUAGCCAAUACCUUAGAUAUGGUGAUAACCAGUAAGGACGUUGGAAUCAUUUUUGAAUACAAAAUGAAUUCCAAGUCUGCAGAUGAAGCUUUAAAACAAAUUUUUAAGAAGGAAUAUUACACUAUAUUUGAUGAACCUGACUAUAAAUACAUUUCAAAAAAGAUUUACGCUGGUUUGACAUUCGAGAGAAAGGAGAAGAAAGUUCUUAUAACAUAUCAAGUUGGAACUGAAGGAAUCAGUAAAUCUGUCUCUAGUGAUACAAAAUUAUAAUUUAUUAUGUUAAAAAAAUUAAUACUUAUUUUAUUAUUCUGCUAAUGAUUUGUUUAUAGUGUUAAUAAUAAAAUUCUAUUUAAAUUUCCAAA